AACAGGCAGAAAUCCAUACAAAAGAGGAAGUGAGAGGGGAUAAGGGGAAGAUAGCUUUAGCUUUUUGCUCUUCAUAACACAGCGGAUAAAUGUCAGCCCACAUCGCACACAGCACAGACCUGACCUGAUAACUUCUGAAGCCAUGUCUACGCACAGCCCUAAUGUAGUGUUGCUGAUUGGGACCACCAUCAUCAUAUCUCUGAUGAAAGCUGACUGCACAGCUGUAACGGAGGACUACAAUGGAUUUGAACUGUGCGUUACAUCAAGGCGAGGGAUUAAAGAUUUUUCACAUCAAAAUCUGACAGAUGUUCCCUCAAAUCUUUCCAACAACACACAGUAUUUGGAUAUUUCCUACAACCUCAUCCAAAGUCUGAAUGGAGCUCACUUUUCCGGACUGUUCCAGCUGUGUGUCCUGAAGGUAACUCACUGUGGACUGCAGGAAAUUUCACCCACUGCGUUCAGUCACACACCAGCACUCAAAUUUCUGAACAUAUCUCAUAAUAACUUACAUGUGAUCCCAGACAUUUCAGUGAAACAGCUUAAAGUUCUUGAUUUGGGGAACAAUCUGUUUAGCAGCUAUCAGACACCAGAAUCAUUUCAGAACUUCUCAAAUCUGGAUUUGCUGUCAAUAGGUAGCACAGCUGCUCCAUCAGUCAGCUACAAUGACUUUGAUCCUCUGAUGAAUGUAUCUGUACAUCAUCUGGUUUUGGGAGCAGGAAUUCCCUGGGAAAACUAUGAAUCUGGUUCUCUUGCGAAAAUGGAGUCUCUCCAAAAGGUUUCCAUCCAUGCAUCUUUUUGUGGGAAUUUCAGAAUGUUUGAGAAGGUCCUUGUGGACUUGAACGUGACAAAAGCAAAAUCACUGAGAUUCAUUACCUUCUUUCCAGACAACUGCCAGGUGAACAGUGACCCCUUUAAAAACCUAAGAACAAUGGCAUUUGUACAAAAUCUCACCAUAGAAAACACCUGGAUAAACAGCUCUUUUAUGGAGAAGCUUCUGAAGAAUGUGUGGCUGUCCUCUGUCUAUGACCUCUCAUUUGUUAACAUGACUUAUAAUGAAGAUACACCAGAUGGGUUUCAAUUUCACACCAUUAAUCACACGAUCAAUCUUUCUUCAGUUACCUUCAAUGGCAUAAAUCAUUAUCAAUACAAGUAUCCUACUUUCAACAUGAGUGUUGAAGCUUUCUCAAGACUGACCUAUUUGAAGUUUUCUGGGACUGGAAUGAACAUUUUACCCUGCAGAGUCAUGUCUGCCCUGCCGUCAUUGGAAACGCUCGACCUCUCCGACAACCUUUUAUCAGAGUCAGGCUUCUGGUGGUUUAUGUGCUCACCCACCUCUGCCUUUCCCAAACUGCGGCAGCUCUCUCUAAGCAAGAAUCGCUUCAGCAGUCUUUCAUUUAUCUCUCAGAAAAUGAAUGAGAUGAAAACUUUAGAAUCUCUGGAUCUCAGCUUCAACUCUAUCUCCUUAGAUGGGGACUGCUCUUGGCCUGCUGGGAUGAAAGAACUCAAUCUGGGAAACAACAACCUGGGGAACAGCGUCUUUCAAUACCUGUCAUCAAACUUUGAGAGGAUUGACUUGUCAAAGACAGGAAUAACUGCCAUAACUCAAGAAGCUCUGUCUUGCUUUCCCAAGCUGACAUACCUCAAACUCAGCUCCAACAGCAUCCGAGUUAUCCCUGUAGAUAUCAGCCUCCCCAAUCUGCUCAGUCUCUACAUAGAUCAGAAUGCUAUCACAUCUAUACCAAGGGAGGCACUGGGAGGGGUUCCCAAACUUCAGACCCUCGAUGCUGGAAGCAAUCCAUUUGUCUGCUCAUGUGAAUCCUAUUGGUUUGUUGCUGAUUUCAACAAAUCUUUGCUCCUGGACUGGCCGUUAAAUUACACCUGCAGUACCCCUCCAUCAUUUGCAGACUUAACACUGUCAGAGUUCAAAAGCAGUAAGCUCUCAUGUGAGACAGGACUUCAAGUUGCAGUUGCUUUGCCUGUGAUAAUAGUUAUAUCUGCUGCCAUAGGUCUGGUGCUCUAUAAAUGUGAUGGAGUCUGGUAUACAAAGAUGCUAUGGGUCUGGAUCAGGAUGAAAAGGAGAGGCAAGAAAUGCUCCAAUUUACUGAAGAAUGCAUCAUUUAGUUAUCAUGCAUUUAUAUCCUACAGUCAUCAGGACUCUGACUGGGUGGACAGCCAGCUGCUGCCCUCCAUGGAAGGUGCAGGACUUUCACUUUGCGCCCAUGAGCGAGACUUUGUCCCUGGUGAAUGGAUUAUAGACAACAUUAUCAACUGUGUGGAGUCCAGCUACAAGACACUGUUUGUCCUCUCCAGACAUUUUGUUCAGAGUGAAUGGUGCAACUACGAGCUGUUCUUUGCCCAGCACAGAGCCAUCAGUGUCCAGCGGGACUCUUUAGUCUUCAUAUUGUUGGAGCCCAUUCCAACAGACUGUAUUCCAAAGAAGUUCUUGAAACUCAGAAGUAUACUGAGGCAGCAGACAUACCUUGAAUGGCCAAACAAUGAACGGAAGCAGCAGGUUUUCUGGAGGAGUCUAAAAUCUAUGCUGCAUAUAGCAGACAAAUCUGUUGCUCUGAAGGAUGUAGCACUGGCCAUUUCAGAUACAGCAGCUCUGCUCACAGACGACCUAUAGGAGCAUAAGAUCAAAGUUAUAAAAGACUAUGUAAAAGCCAUACACACAUACUAAUAUGUACAAUGAAAACAGUUGUAAUUGCUGUCAGUGUUUAUAGUGUUUAUACCAGCCAUUAAGUUUUUUCCUGAUACAAUUCUAAUUUAAAAAAAUCCUCAGACCUCUUUCUUUUCAAAAAAACAAACCAAAAAAUGCCAAAACCAAACCAGCCAACCAAACAAACAAAAAACACCAAUGACUUUUAAAUAAUACAAGCAGUAAUGUCAAGAAAUCCUAUUUUUACUUGUCAGUCAUCAUAACUCAGACUAAGAUGUCCUUCUGACCUCUGAGCUUUUAGUAGUGAUAUUUAAUUAGACACAUUCAUAGAGACGUUUCAAGUUAUUAUUUAAAUUGAUAUUUCUGAAUGAAAUUUUUGAAACUAAACUGCAGAUAUCUGCAAUAAGAGGUCUCAUAAAACCUAACAGCAAAACAAGUUAAAAGGUAUGUACAGUAUAUUCUUAAGGAUUUCAACAAAGUGAGUACAUUUUUUGUUUUCAUUAGUUAUGAAUGAAUUACAGGGGCCAGUAACAUGGUUUACAGUGUUAAAAGUGUUUACCAAUGAGAACAAACAGAAAAACAGAGCUGUUUGUCAAAAAUCUAAAAACAUCAUGAAAAUAUGACUAGAAGCAUUAUGAUUUCAGGAGUGCCAAACGUUUAAGUAAUGCAGUGUCGUAUUAGUAGCAGAGGAAUGUAGGAUGUGUUCUGCUUUUGUUCGUGUCCUCUGGUUGGAGCUUUAACUGAAUCAAAUGUCUCCAUCUACUGUUUGUGAUGGUGAGAUACAGCGCGCAUGAAGGAACGAGUUCCCACAAAGCAUAUUUCACUUUUUGUUACUGUUUCUUUUUGUAUGACAUCAAUUAAAAUUAGAACUCAUCAAAAAUGUGCCAUUUUGAUUCUGAGUGUUUACAGAAAAACAAUGUUUUAGUGUGACAUUUUUAUAUUUGCAAGUUGUGUGAUUCAGUCUUCACUGUUAAUGCUUUGUAAGAAUUUAACAGGGAUGCUUUAAGAAUUAGUUAUGCUUUUUUGAAAAAUCAUUUGAUUUUUAUGAAUUAAAUGUGUGCAUUUAAAUGUUUAGAAUUCAGAUGGAAUCUCAGCUUAAUAUAUCCAAACUAUGUUGUAUAGUAAUUCAAAUAAAAUCAUUUCAAAGUAUCUUUAA